AUGCCCUUCUACCUCCUCGCCAACAAAUCCGCCGCCAUCACCGGCGGCACCACAGGCAUCGGUCGCGCCAUCGCCCUCGAAUACCUGCGACAAGGCUGCAACGUCGCCGUCAACCACCUGGACCUCGAGUCUGACGCGGAGCACAAACAAUCUCUCGUGUCAGAAGCGGCGGCACUCAAACAAAAAGACGAGAAGGCCGGCAGACUGAUUGAUGUGGCUGGUGAUGUGAGGGAGCCGGCGACGGGGAAGAGGCUCGUGGAGGAGGCGGUUAGGGAGUUUGGGGGCUUGGAUGUUUUCGUGAGUAAUGCGGGGGUUUGUGAGUUUGCGGAGUUUUUGGAUAUGGAUCACGAUCUCUUCGCAAACACCGUCCGCAUAAACCUCGAUGGCGCAUUCUACGCAUGUCAAGCGGCCGCAAGACAGAUGGCGAAACAAGGCAAAGGCGGAUGUAUCAUUGGCAUCUCCUCAAUAUCCGCACUCGUUGGAGGAGGAUUGCAAACCCAUUAUACGCCUACCAAAGCCGGUGUUCUAUCUCUGAUGCAGAGUUUAGCAAUAGCGUUAGGGCCGCACAAGAUCAGAUGCAAUGCGUUACUGCCGGGGACGAUCAAGACACAGCUGAAUGAGAAGGAUCUAAGUGAUGAUAAGAAGAGAGAAUAUACCGAGAGUCGGAUACCACUUGGUCGAACGGGCGUACCGCAUGAUAUGGCUGGACCAGCGGUAUUCCUGGCUUGUGAUGAGUUGAGUGGUUAUGUCAAUGGAGCGCAAUUGCUGGUUGAUGGUGGUAUGUUCGUCAAUCUGCAGUAA